AGGUAUUCGUGCAUAAUAUGUAGUGAGGUCAACACGAAUACGUUCUAUCCUAGUAGUCUGUAUUGAAUAAUUUAAAUUUAUCUCCCAUGUCCCAACCUGUGAACACUUUGCUUUUUACUUUGUUGAGCAUCGUCUUCUAAAUUUGACUCUAACUUUGUUACGCUCGUCCUAAAAAUAUCACUUUGUGCUCUCGCUCUAGGAGGAGCAGCGCACCCACAAUGGCUGAAGCGAGCGAGGAACUGUGUCCCGAUACGCUUCGACAAACCGAGACCAGUGCGUCCGACGCAAUACCUGCGUCCUCGUCCUCCUCGUAUGCCUACGACCACGCGGAGGCAUGGAACACGUUAAACAUGCUACGGAGCAGUCCGUGUUCAAAACAAGAAGCUUUUGCAGUAUUGCUACAGGUACUGCGGAGCCUACGGAUUCAGGAGAGACCCUGCAGCCCUGCCCUCUUCCUCGCUCUUACUCAGGAGCUAGAGCAGUACUAUUGGCCGCAUACUGAAAAUUACGGGAGUGGAGUAGUUUCGCCCCCUGCUCCUUCCUCAUUUUGUUUUUCCGUGACGCUGAUGUGAUGUCUACUCCGACAGAUGAAUAAACCGCAGCAGCGCAGCUUCCUGCGCGUAGAAAAUCAAUGCGCCGCGGGCUGUUGCGCUGAUGCAGUUGUUCUUUUUGUAAUUGCGACUUCCGCAACUUGCUAGUACACAAAAGGCACGAAAGGACGAAGACGAUAAACCAGGUCUGAUUUUUUUCUUUGCAUACAGUAUUUUCAGGCUGCGUUUGGGUUUGCAACGAACGGGGUCGCCUGGCGCAUGAACACUGUUCCAGCAAUGUCUUAUUGGCGGACACUGUUUCUGCCGCGUGGGCAGGUAGUUGCGUCGCCUGUUGUAUUCAUCCCCUGUGUUUUAUCAUUCCAGCAGGGCGCCAUUAAACGCAAAGAAACUUCGGGUCUGAAGAUAGGGCUGCAUUGGGUCAGGUUGGUAGGACAAAAAUGAAGGAGCAGGGGACGAGUAGUUGUGCACCAUCAUACACCUAAGCCGUUCCGGCAGCUAGUGUUAGAUGUGGUCUACCCAGCACUGCUGAACUUGUACAGGAGCUUUUGCACCGUGACCAGGCCGGAGACCGAGCAGUGCGAGGUGCUCUGCGACGUGGCUUUGAUUCGGUUGGUAUGCAGCUGUGGCUAUCCACAAUUUGCGAAGAAGAUAUCGGGACAACUUCGGGCUGACAUGUACACCGUGGGGAAAGCGAGAUUUCCUUACCGUGCACAUCUGUAUCAAGAGUUGCACCUCUGGGCCACGGUUCACCAAAAGACGUACUUCGAGACGUUGUCCUUUGAAGACACACCUGCUGAAGAAAUACGGGCCGCGAAGAAAACGCACAAGGAAAUCGAGCAAAGCGUCGGGAAGUGGGCUACGGAGGACGGGAUGGAAAACAUGGUCAACAUUUCAACAGGAAGGAGCAGCAGCACGGUUACAACCCAGGGGCACGUGGUCAACAGGGCGCAGGUAGUUAAGGUAGGUAAAUCUAUAUACAUCAUCAAACCUAUUAAGUCCAAUCCAAUAACCGCACGGCAUGCACAUGUAGCAAGACUAAAGAGGAAACGAAGCGCAAUAAUUUACAAUUGUGCACAUAUCUUGAUCUACUUCAUGGAAACAAGAAUUACAUCAGACCCGCCGACCUAGGAUGAGCAGGCGGCUUGAAGUGAUUUGGGAGGAGGACGAGGAGCAGGAGGAGGACGAAUAAAACCAAAAGCAGUGGAUGAGUUUAAAUCAUUUAACUAGAUGGAAAGUGCGCGGCGCCUUCUGUCUAGAUCGAUGAAGUUGUAUGCGUUUUUCGGUGGUAAGGAUCACUCUGCGUCAACUUCGUUAUUCGGGGAAAGAGCGACGAUCACGAGGGGUACAAGAGCAGAGGACUUUCUGCAAAGUUGGAAGUAUUGUGUGAAUUCGAAAUCAAUUUAUCAAAAUCAAAUACGUAGAAAACGAAAACAAGAAGUGCGCCACACCGCUAUGUCGUCACGAAAAGUGCGCGAUGAGAUUACAAACGAUAAAUACAUAGUGGCCGCAGUGCUUCUUUCAGAAUGUGACUCGCAAAAGGUAUGAUGUCACACUGAUGAGGAAACUUCAACUUGUUUUUUAUAGUCAGUCACUGUCACCGAUGAUCCUGCUGUAGUUUAUAGAUUAUACGCUAGAUUAGAUUCACAUUCAUUUUUAGAGAAGGACAGCGAAUCCCUCACCAAACGAUAAAGAAGGAUUCCAAGAACGAAUGAUAUACAAAUACGACAGCAAAAAUUCUAGAAAAGAAAUAAAUGGCGGCACAACCAAGAAGCGACGUUUUUCUGCGAAAAUUGAAAGCCUAAGAUGCUCAUGCUUAUUACUUAUGAU